GUUCUCCUGAUGUCACUUCUCCCCUGCGUCUCCAGAGGGUCUCUCCCAUGAUGAACCUGACCUGUGCUAUUCUACUUCUCUCUCUGGUGUCGCUAGUCCACGGUGCCUACUCUCUCGAUGGGAGGAACAGAGACCUCUAUGGUAGGAUAUCAUGCCAAGCUGUAGCUCAGUAGCCUUGCUCUCCUGCCUACUCUUUUUUACUCAGCAAGAUGUUAUGCCAAUGCUUAAUAUCCGUUGAACGUUCGCCAAAGCAAGGCAUAAAACACAAGAAUCAUUCACGUUGCCAAGCGAAAGAAAGGGUGGUACAUUUUCAUUUAGAUGCACUUUAAAGGGCAACUCCACCACAUUUCGACUUCAUUUUCAGUAUCUCCAGCACCGUACCAUUGUCAACACGUGAAAACAGCACAUGCCUAAAUUUUGUAGAAAAAAUAUAUAAAGUUAAAACGUUCUACCCGAUGACAUCAUCAAAAGUUAAAACAUUUUUUUUAAACAGUGAUUUUCAAACACUAUGAGAUUCUGGCUAGAAACUCGUUGCAGGUUUUGAAAAUCACUGUUUUUUAAAAACGUAUAAUCUUACCCAGUGAUGUCACAGAGAAGCAUUUCUUAGGAGCUUUAAUCUGAACCUUUUAACCACAGAUCAUGGAAAUGCGUCGUUUUCACACAUAUAGACAGUUGUUUUGUGCUGGAGAUUAUAUGUGAGGUUGGAAAGUGGCACAAUUGCCCUUUAAAUUGCAUUUAUUAACCAAACCCAAAUGGGGGUCAGUAAAUCUUGUUGUCAGUCAAUGUCAUCUGAGCAGUCAUUAAAUAGGAGGUUGCAUGUCUUUUUCUACUACAAAAUGUUGAUAUAUGGAGUCCCUGUGUAGUAAGACAUCUUUGGAUUGAACUUUUUUUAACUUUCUCAGAGUCACCACCAGACAUCUCUCUCUAUGUCUGCAAACGGCUAAAGCUUUGUUCACACUGCAGGCCUUAAUGCUCAAAUCAGUUUUAUUUUCAAAUCCGUUCUGGAAAACUGACUGUCCAAACACUGUGACCAAAUUGGAUUUGUGUUCAGACAGCAGUCUACAAUUGAGUACAAUUGAGUAUUUUUUCCACCAGUGUACUUAAGUACAUUUAAAACCAGAUACUUUUAGACUUUUACUCAAGUAGUAUUUUACUGGGUGACUUUCACUUUUACUUGAAUCAUUUUCUAUUAAGGAUUCUAUAAGGAGAUGUCAUCCCAUUUGAAAUAGGCCCUUUGCUUAGUUGGCUAUAAAGAAGCAGUUCUUCAGAAAUUCUUGAGAAUUGAGCUCCACCAGUGGGAGUUCCACAUAAUGUUUGUUCAUGUUGUUUUUUCUUUCUUCAUAGUCCCUUUCUUUUUGUGCCAGAGUACAUUUUCAUAAUAUGUGUUGAAAACUGUCCUGAAGUUGAAUUUAACCAGAACAGUCAUUGUAAUGAAAAAUAAGCCUAUGUUUCAGUAUCCAGACAAAAUAAAUAAAAACUAUAUUGAACACAGUCUCACCAUUUUUGGGGUGUUUUUUUUAUGCCAUGUCAAAUCUAACAUUAUCCUCCCCCCCUGUUGCCCCAGACUGCCCAGCGGACAUGUACAUUGUUCUGGACACCUCAGAGAGUGUGGCGCUGAGAGCCCUAUGGCUCCUUUGUUGAACAGAUCAAGCAGUUUGCCCUGGACAUUGUGGACCAGCUCAACACUAGGUGUGUAUCACCUCCAUACUGACUACAUGACUGGUAUUCAUAAAAAUAUCAUGUGGUUAACAAUGGGUGUUUUCAGGUCCCUUACUUCAAAUAAUUCAUGACAAUUGGCAAAUUAAAGGUAAGUUAUGCUACAUAGUAAUGAUUAUGGCUAGCUUGCCAAGAGAAAUAAAGUGCCGCGUUAGCUACAAGGCUUCUGGGAAACUCGUGCCUGACCGUUUAUUCACCCCUGAAACUGUAACGCAGGCCAAACAAUAUCAAUCCUCCUACAGAGGCUUCCAUUGGCAUACAUCCUGUUUCAUUCCAUAAACCACUCUCUGUGAUCAUUAUAAAAAAUAGUCAUAUUGUACCAGUAAAUUCACCACACACUCAGACCCACCCUGAUAAACUGCACACAGAAUGACCAUUGAUAACUGCUCUGGGCAACAGUGUUCUCCUGACAAUGUGUUGUUAACGAUCAUCACAGGAGGUCUGCCUCACUACAUGCAGUCUUAUGAACACGUUGUGUGUUGACCUCUGUGUGAACUGUGGUUCUACAGUGAUGAAUCGGGGCUGAGAGGUAGUGUAUGAGAACAGCUCCUCUCCUUAUAUGGUGCUCAAGGUUGCAUUAAUACUCUGCUCUUGGACAGACAGGGGAACAAUCACAAGCAUACAUAAACAUGUGCCCCCCCCCCCCACACACACACACACACUCAUACACACACAUAAAGACACACACACACAAGGACACACACACAUAAAGAAACACAUACACACACUCCUUUAGAGACAGCAAAUUAUCUAUUAUAAAUCGUAUUAGACUUGCUUUUGCCAUCACACUGUUCAGAAACAGUGCAACUAUUACGAAAAAAAUAUUUUAUCUGUAUUUUCUGUGGCCCACAACGAUACGUUUCAUCACUGAAUGCAAGCAAAAAACUAAAAAAACAGCCUGUGUGUGUGUGUGUCAGUGUGUGUGUGUGUGUGUGUGUGUGUGUGUGUGUGUGUGUGUGUGUGUGUGUGUGUGUGUGUGUGUGUGUGUGUGUGUGUGUGUGUACUACUCACUAACAAGCUCAGACAGGCAGCCAGAGUGACGAGUGACUGUGCGUGUUUGUUCAAUGCAGCCAUUCUGAAUCAUUCGCCCAGAAAAGGUUUGGGGUUUACCUUUGGGGCACUGACCUGCAUUCCUGACUGAGAGAGAGGUUGAUAUCUUAUCUCCAUCAAAUGAAGUCUCACCUUACAGCUCAGGAGUUGUCCUCCUGAAGUUCCAAGGUGUGGACCUGAUUAAUGACGUCUUCACAUGAUAAGAAUGAUACAUAUAAGAGUAGAUCCCUCACACACACUUUCAGUCCCGCAGGCACACAGGGAGCUUAGUCGUUAUCUGCAGUGUAUUGAAUUGGGGCCUAUGUUUCGGAAAAGCCCUGUAAUUCAAGAUGUUGUUAUACAAUAAAAUACCAUCUGCUCAAUGUUUAUAAAGCAAGGAUAAAUGUUUGCACUGACCCCAAGUAUGCCAAUUGCUAAUGCAUCAUGGAGUAUCCCCUAACGUGUCUCUGACUCAUCAGAACUCCUUUGCAAAACAGCCAAAAUAUGUUUAUAUAUUUCUUAACACAAUUAUAGCCAUUAGUGAUGUGAUGCCACUAAAGUAUGCAAAAUGCUAAUGCCCUAAAGUGUAAAAAGCCAAAGAAUGCCUAGCUCUAGACAGCGUCUGGUUCUUUGCACAGUUGGUUGAGUAUUUAUGUAUCUUUUAUUGACUUCAUCAGAAUAGCAACUGCCUGAUGAUUUGAUUGUGUACUGGAGGAAAUAGCAGGAGGACGAUUGGUGCAAAUGUGCUUGGGGCUUGGCAAGACGACACACUUGUAAUAGAUUUGUUCUAUCAGGUUUUAGUACCACUGUCUCCCCACUGGGAAUCAAUACAUCAUUCCCAUUAAAUAACUCUCCGCCUUAUAAUCUGUCAUCAUUUUCUCAAAGUACUGAAGACUGUAAAUGAAAUACUGCUAAUUUAGGGGAAUUGUCCCUGUAGAUACCUGUGCAUGUAGAUCAGAGGUAACUUGCUUUGUGUCACGCUUUGUGUGCCAUUGUGACAUAGGUCUACCUGUACACAUCUAGAUACCACCGCUGUGAGCGUAACCUGACGUGGAGCGUGGGACUGCUGCAGUACAGUGAUGAGGUAAAGGUGAUGAGGGAGCUGACCAGCACCAAGGCCCAAGGCAGAGCUCAGCUGAAGAGAGCCAUACAGGACAUCCGCUACAUCGGCAAGGGCACCCACACCGACUGGGCCAUCUCUGUAGCAACUAGGCAGCUGAUGACG